AAACAAAGAGGGUUGGGGCUUACCCUGCUGGAACUGAGAGAGAGAAGGAGACUCUGAAGGAGGGAGACGCCGCGUCAGAGCAUGUAGGUGCACCUUUAAUGCAGCUGCGUUUUCACUUCCUUCUCGUAAUUUCGAAAUAGAUAGCCACAGGUGGAAAAACACCUAAUUCCCCUGUUACAUUUCUUGCAUUCUUACCUGAUACAAAGUUAUAGGUUGAGACUUUGUUACCUGUAACAUUUCUGCCCCAAACACAAACUAUAAGAAAGUAACCCGUAACUUUCUUUCAUUUUACAGAAGUUACAGGCAUCCAAACGGCCCUAAGUAAGACGAAAUGGAAGAAAGCAGAGAGACGAACGCAGGAGAUUUCUCCAUCUUGACGGACGAGACCCAAACCAGUAGCGUAUUUCGCCAACUUAAGCCCUACUGCUUAGAUCUUCUCGAUUUCCUCCAAAACCCUAACAAGAAAAACCCCAGAACCCUCUCUGAAAUGGCAGAGUUUCUCCGCCGUGCUCCUGCCACCGGCCUACAGCCAUGUCUUGAUUAUACCUUGUUCCCGUUGUUGCUUCUCCUGGAUGCAGCCGUUCUUUGUAGAUCAAAGCAAAAGGCUGUCUCAGAAGGAAUUGGGAUUGAUAAUGACAUACAUAUGCCGCACAUGAUUAGUGAUAGGGUUGCUGAAGGGGCGUUGCAGUGCCUGGAAGAAGUUCUGAUGAAAUGCCACUUAGGAUCUGUUAAUCAGAUGAUUGUGGUGUUGAAGAAAUUAACAUCUGGAGCUUUGCUUUGUCCAUCUGAGGCGGCAGAAGAAUUUCGUGAAGGAAUAAUCAGGUGCUUAAGAGCAUUGCUUCUUGGGCUAAAUCCCUGCUCUGUUGAUUCUUGCAUAUGCAAACAGAUUCCUGGCUUGCCUACACUUCUAUCAAGCAGCACUUUGGAAACUCAGCUUAUUGCUCCUCUGAAAAGUUAUUCAGAAUCAGAUGAAUGUUUACUUGCAUUUCUCCAAUCACAAAAUGCUUCACCUGCUGUUGGACACUGGCUGUCGCUUCUUCUCCAAAUUGCAGAAGCUGAGGCUACAAGAGGACAUCGUGGCAGUGCAAAGCUCCGUAUAGAAGCUUUUUUAACACUCCGUGUCCUUGUUGCUAAGGUUGGUACUGCGGAAGCAUUGGCUUUUUUCUUACCAGGCGUUGUCAGUCACUUCGCAAAAGUUUUGCAUGUUACAAAAACUAUGAUAACUGGUGCGGCCGGUAGUGCGGAAAGCAUAGAUAGUGCAAUAAGAGGUUUUGCCGAGUUCCUUAUGAUAGUCCUCGAGGAUGAGGCAAAUCUCUAUGGUCUUGAUAUGUCCACAGAUGAUAUGACUGGAUUUCAUCUAAACAAAGAUAAAUCUACCCAAGCUGUUUUGGAGGCUCUACGUCACUUGCCUGUUAAUGCGCAAGUCCAGGUAGAAAGGUUAGCAGGGAAUCAGCCAAUCACUCUUGUUUCUCCCAAAUCAAACCUUGAAGCAAAAGGAACUGCUCCUCAUCAUGACACCAGAUCUCUAUAUGCUAACCGAACGAAGGAUUGGAUUGAGGAAACUUCUUCACGUGUCGAUAAACUGUUAUGUGCGACAUUUCCACAUCUUUGUGUUCAUCCUUCGCAAAAAGUGAGGGAAGGACUUGUUGAUGGUAUACAUGGACUGCUGUCGAAGUGCACCUACACCUUGAAGAAUAGCAAGUUGAUGCUUUUGGAGUGCUUAUGCAUUUUGGUUUGUGAUGAUUCGGAUGCUGUGUCUGUUGCUGCACAGAAGUUCCUUGAAUCUUUUUUCGUGUUUGGUGAGAAACAUCUGACAAAACAUGAGGUGGAUGAAAUUUUUAACAGGCUUGUUGAAAAACUUCCAAGAGUGGUUCUUGGUAGUGAGGAAGCAAUUGCAGUGUCACACGCCCAGAGACUACUUGCAGUGAUGUAUUAUGCAGGCCCUCAACUGGUUGUAGACCACCUUCUUUGUUCUCCUAUAACAGCUGCUCGCUUCUUGGAUGUUUUAAUGCUAUCCUUCAGUCACAAUUCAGUAUUUGCUGGUUCUGCUGACAAGCUUCUUCUGGCAAUGCCACACUCAGUUGGGUACUUGCACUCUGUUAGGGAAUUGAAAGCAGGACUUCAUUCGCAUGAUAAUCAAACCGUUUAUGACGCCACUCCACCUCUAGCUUCUAGAACUGGUUUUCCGGGCCGAGAUUUACAAAAUCGUACGGAUUUAGUCAGUGGAUAUUAUGAGCUUCCACGUAUGCCUCCAUGGUUUGUUCAUGCAGGUGGUCAGAAACUAUACCAGGCUCUUGCUGGGAUACUCAGAUUUGUUGGUUUAUCCAUAGUUGCAGACCACAGGAGUGAAGUAUCCUUAUCUGUUCUCAUUGACAUUCCACUUGACUAUUUUCGCAAUCUAAUUUCGGAGCUCCGGAUGAGGGAACACAGUAAAGAAAGCUGGCACUCUUGGUAUGCUAGAAGUGGAUCAGGACAGUUGCUGCGUCAAGCAAGUACUGCAGUUUGCGUUCUAAAUGAGAUCAUAUAUGGUAUGUCAGAUGAAUCAGUCGAUGUAUAUACAAAAAUGUUCCAGAAGUCCAGAAAGAAGGUGAAAGUGGUAACAAGAAAUGAUCAGCCUGAUGAGCUUGUAAAUACUAUUUGCAAUGAAUCUGUUUGGAAGUUUUGUCAGAGGAAGGGUGUAAGGAAUCAUGUGAUCGAAUUUGUUGGCAGCAUUUUACAUGAAUAUCUGUCUCAAGAAGUGUGGGAUCUUCCAACAGAUCAAAAGCUUCAUCUUCGAGCACAAGACCCAGAAAAUGAGGAACUUCCUUUGCAUUUUUUCCGCGAUGCUACAAUGCUACACCAGGUAAUAAUUGAUGGAAUUGGGAUCUUUAAUAUUUCUCUGGGGAAAGAUUUUUUAGGUAGUGGGUUUCUACAUGCUUCUCUUUACCUGUUACUUGAGACUCUGAUCUGCUCAAGCUAUCAGAAAAGAAGUGCUUCGGAUGUUGUAUUACAUGUACUAUCUGCUUCUUCUGGCCAUCCUACUGUUGGGGACUUAGUUGUGGCAAAUGCAGACUAUAUAAUUGAUUCUCUAUGCCGACAAUUACGCCAUUUGGAUCUCAAUCCUCAUGUGCCUGAUGUGCUUGCUGCCAUGCUUUCAUACAUUGGCGUGGCUCAUGAAAUAUUGCCAUUGUUGGAGGAGCCGAUGCGGGCAGUUUCUCUGGAGCUUGAAGUUCUUGGGCGGCAUCAGCACCCAGAUUUAACUAUUCCAUUCUUGAAGGCUGUACGUGAAAUUGCCGAGGCAUCAGGGCGUGAGGCUUGUGCAAUGCCAAGUGAAAUUGAGUCGUUUUCUGCACAUGUCAAAUCUAAAAUUGUUGAGAUGGAAAAGGAAGGAAAGAAUCAUGGAAAAAGUGUACCUCAUGAUGAACAUUUGGAGGAGAUGCUAUCCAAGUUGAAUGAGUCAAGAAGGUAUAGACGUACAGUUGGAUCCAUUGCUGGUUCAUGCUUAACAGCUGUGACCCCACUCCUUGCUUCAGUGAAUGAAGCGCCAUGCCUAGUGGCCCUUGACAUAAUUGAGGAUGGCCUUGCCACUCUCGCAAAAGUUGAGGAAGCUUAUAGGCUAGAGAAGGAAAUUGAAGAAGCUAUUGGACGAGCAAUUCAGUUUCUCUCAUUUCAUGAUAUUCAAGACAGCAUGGAAGCUGCCGAUGGAGGAGCUGAUGAGAACAGACUGCUCCCAGCAAUGAAUAAAAUUUGGCCCUACCUGGUUCAUUGCCUUAAAGAUAAGAAUUUAUUGGCUACAAGGAGAUGCUUGAGUGUGGUUAGCAGUGUAGUGCAGAUAUGUGGAGGGGAUUUCUUCACUCGUCGAUUUCAUACUGAUGGGGCACACUUUUGGAAACUGCUUAGCACAUCGCCAUUUCGGAGGAAGCCCAUGUCUAAAGAGGAGAGACUGAUAUUACUCCCUUACAGAAGCACUGGUUCCACAUCCACGGAGUCAAUGGCGGAGGUUUCUAGUAUGAAGGUCCAAGAAGCAGCACUCAACAUGAUAGCUGACAUAUCUAGGAAUAAAAGGAGCGCUUCGGCAUUUGAAGCAGUCCUCAAGAAGGUCAGUGGUCUCGCUGUGGGCAUUGCCUGUAGCAGUAUUGCUGGUUUACGUGAGGCUUCUAUGAAUGCAUUGUUAGGGCUUGCCAGUGUUGACCCUGACCUCAUUUGGCUGCUCUUGGCUGACAUAUAUUAUUCCUUGAAGAAGGACAUUCCUUCGCCGCCUACUGUGGAUUUUUCAGAUGUGGCCUGGCUUCUGCCACCGCCAUUGUCCUCAAAGGAGUACUUGUACAUGCAGUAUGGUGGAGAUAAUUUUGGUUUUGAUGUUGAUGCUUCUUCUGUGGAAAUAGUGUUCCAAAAGCUGCAGUCUGAGUUAUAACUAAUAUAGUAUGUACAGUUGAAAGAGGUAUUAACAGAAAUUUCCCCGAUCUUACGUUGCUCCUGCUACUUUUUGGUAGAGGGAAGUGUAAAAGUAUGUUUCUGCAAGAUUGGAACGUGGACACUAUAUUAAUCUUUUCAUUGGGUUCGCUUUCUGUGGAGAGAUCAUGGAUUAAAAAUCACACUGAUCCUUCUCAACUGCUCACUCAGAAGAAUUCCGACGGUGUGGACCAUAUUCGUGCCUUACUGUACAUGUGUAAGCUGGCAAUCAGAAGGUUAAGAUUGCCAUGGUUGCGUUUUUGGGCCGUGGAUCCUCUAUUGCAUAGCCUACUUGAUGAAAGGUUGAUGUCGUCCUCACAUUCGUCAUGGAUUUACAUCAUUUUCUCCUUCACCGUUUCAUGUCAGCAAGAUGCCAAGGUCAUUUAUCCCGAAAUAGGCCCAAGAGUUUAUACAGUACGUGGAAUUUUAGUUCAA